AUGUCCGAUGGAAACAAAUUCGACUUAACUGCAUACGCACAGCAGCGUCAGCCAAAUCAAAUAGCAUUAGACGAAAUGGGCAGUGUGUUGCUUGACGCCAUGCAGGGCACAUUAAUUUGUCUUGAUAGUCAACAUAUUAUUAUCGAUGUUUCGCAGACUGUCAAGCGUUAUUUCGGCUUUGAACAAACAGAGAUUGUCGGUCUUUCUAUACUACUGUUGGUUGAAGAUAGUGAACGAGACGCAUUUCUCAAAUUUCUAUCCGAUACUUCCCAAUUAUUCAAUGUCUGUUGUGUUCGAAUGGUCAUGGCCGCAGCGAAUGAAUACCGACAAGUGAAAGUACAUCGAAAACGAAAAGUCAAUCAAGAUACCGUCGAUGUUCAUUCAACAACACCUCGACACAGCAAUUCAAUCGGAACAAUUCUCGUUUUAACCUUAGACAAUUCCUCCUAUAUCGACAUCACGUUAUUCGAUGCUCAUAAACAAGAAUUCUAUACAAAAGUUAAUUUAGUCGGUGAAAUUAUAUUCGAAGAUCACAGAGGUGCUUUAAUAACCGGUUAUUUGCCACAUGAAUUAAUAUCACAAUCAAUAUUUAAUUUCGUGUACCAUGAAGAUCGUUUAGUUAAAUUGCAUGCACUUUGGAAAUGUGCAACAACUGGUGCAAGUAAAUUACAAUGGCGUUUAAAUGCUCGCGAUGGUUCCAUAGUUUUCCUUCAAACUGAGUAUAAACUGAUUGCCAAUCAUCGAAAACAGGAUACGAUUGUUGCUCGAAACGAAAUACUCAGUCCGAUGCAACGAAUACAGUUUGAAGAAUUGCAAACAGCUUGGCGUCAUCAGUGUGCAGCAGAUAUCAAAGGAAAUAGUUCAUCGUUUAAAUUAAUCAAUUCGAACGAUACGGACGCAUUGUCGAUGUCGUCAGAUGAAUGUCGUAUCUGCGUUCCAUCGUUGAACAUGUGCUUCACAACGAAUAAACUACAAUCAUUGAAUGUGGCAGGAAAUAUCUUCGGCGCGGCGAAAUCAACACAUCCAUUGACUAUUCAAGAUUAUGCGUCGAUACUGAUCGAUAGUGAUAAACAUCUGGAUAGCGAAUUAGUCUAUAUAAUUAAUAAUUUAUCUGCACGUUACAAACGUUUGAGUAAUGCAAAUAAUAAUCAAUCUACGAAUGAAAUAGAACUUUCAGAUGGAACAACACAAGAAAAACUUCCAAUGGACUCGUUGGCGAAUUUCAAUGAUCCAUCGUUACGGAAAAAACAGGAUUCGGACUCGAUUGUACGUGGUAUACUUAGUAAUUCGAUUCAAUAUAAUCAUGAAAAACAAUCCGGUGAUUUGCCAACAACAUUGGCAGGACUUCUAAAUGAUAAUACGAGAAUUUUUAUUCCUCAACCACAGAUGCAAGCAGAUCGAACAAAAAUGAAUCAGGUUGCACAGACUCCUGAAUCAUACCAACAACAACACUACGAUUUUAUUAGAAAAUAUAAAGCAGCCAAAGCUAAACUAGAAUCUCAAUUGGAAGCAGCUCGAGCGCAGGAGAUCGCCAAUGGGUGUCAAGCGAGUGACAUACUAAAACGAAAUACUGUUAUCAAUAAAUUAACUCAAUUGGAAACGAUUAAAAGCAAACAUUUAGCACGUACGCUUGAAUUGAAACGUCAAAGUCAACAGUCAACAUCAGCGACAGCCAUGGCAGUGAGUAAUAUCGAACAGAAAGAUUUGCUUAGCAAUGUAUUUCAUUCGUCAUCGUCACCAAAACCUACUGGAUUGAUGCAAAUGGAUAAUCAUAGUCCAUCAGGAAUUCCUUCGCCACUCUCAUCGCUAUACAGUUCGUCGACGCCGUCACCAUCAGCUUCCUAUUAUUCAUCUGGUUAUCAACAUCAACGAACUGCUUCACCGGCCUACAGACCGUCAUCUUUGCAAUACGAUUCAGCCCAAACGGCAACAGCGUCAUUUCACGAUCCAAAUCCGAGAGUGAAAACUCCUGUAUUCGAAGAAUUCCUCACUCCUCCACCUUCGCACACCCCGGUUCAAAAUCCACUCUUAUCUGUGCAUUCAUAUAUGAAUGUGUCAUUUCAAGAUCCAACCAACAACUCAACAACAAUGACAACGUCAUCUUCUUUCAAUCACCACCAUCAACAUCAUAGUACGACUUAUCCAUAUUGA